AUGGGGAUAUUUUCAAAUUCUACAAAUUUCGAUGCUCAUCUUGGUAAGCUCUUAGUCUUUUAAUUAUCUGGUGUAAACUUGUUUCAGAAGUCAGUCUUCCUCGCUGCAUUUUAGUGUUGUCUUUGAAUAAUAAUAUGAGCUUACCGUAUGUUAUUUAUUUAUCUUCUAGAGAAAGCAACGAGUCAGCUUCUUUUGGAGCCAGACUGGAAUAGUAUUCUUCAAAUUUGUGACUGUAUCCGACAAGAAGAUGUAAAGUAAGAGUACUUUCAAUGCUAUAUAAAGUUCACAACUGUUGGUGACUGAAUUCAAUUUUGCUCAGGGGAUUGGUGGUUGAGUACUAUCAUCUGUCAUACAAUGGUAUACAUCAUGAUUUCUAGCCUUUAUUUACUGUAAUUUUCUCUCGUUCACAGCCCCAAAUACGCAAUAGCAGCUAUAAAGAGAAAGAUUUUAGACAAGAAUCCCCACGUUGCGAAAUUUGGAUUGAUAGUAAGCGUAGCAUUGUUUGAUAUUGAUAAGAAUUUAAUGUUAAUUUAUUUUGUACUUUCGGACAGAUUCUUUUACUUUUAUUUGUUUUGUAAAUGACAUAGUUUUAACGAUUAGCCUUCAAAGGACCUGACGUAUACCACUAAAAGAUUUGACCCCUAACAUUCUCCUACCUUGUUUUGAUAAAUGCGAAACUGCUUUUCAGAAGCAACAACUGAAAGCAACAUACUAAGAUAAACAACUGUUUAUCUAAGCAGUUGCUUCAUAACUAUUUUUAUUUUCGCAAUGGCAGCAAAAUUUUUUUGCUCCUGAUGUCAGUGGCAGAAAAAGUCUAAGAUUCACCAGCCAUCUUGACAGUUACAGCAGUUUGCUUUCUCCAUGGCACAUGAUUUUCCCCCUUUUUGAUUUAAAGGAAAGUGUAAUGUCACAUGUAGAAUGAGGCAUCACAUGAUGCACUGUAUAUUAAGGACAAUGUAUCUGUGCUUGAAAGAUGUUGGUAUUUCAAGAGAUGAUUUUACAGAUUGCAUUUUGACUUACCAAUUGCCCAUAGAUAAUUUUUGUUGAAAAUUACUUUUGUAUGUACAUACUGCUGGUACCACAUUUACAUCAAGUUUGACAACACAAACUGGUACAUUUGGAGUCUGUGAGGAUGAUUAUCUUUGAUUUGAAGGCACAUAUGAUAACAGAAACCCUUUGAAGGGGAUGUAUUGUGCCCAAUAUAUAAAAUUGAACUGUGAAAUAAUUAUUCAACAGUCAAAUCUUUAAAAACAGUACAAUUGGUCCCAGAUCUCCUCUAAAAUCAUUUGAAUUUCACUGUGCUUGAGAAGGCUCCAUACUGGGUUUUUAAUUGCACAAGAUUUGGAUACCACCAUAGCACAAGCUUCAAAUAUGUCAACCAACAAAACAAACAUGGCGGCUAGAUACAAUCGCGUGACUGUUAUCUAAAAAGAUGCAUUAAAACAGUAUAAAACAGUACAGUUUUUGUACAACAAUCAAUUCAGUAACAAUCCAAUUACUUAAAAAAAGGAUUCUUGCUUCUGCACUGACACAGUUGAGCUGGCAGAAUAUGAAUUGUAAAUCUGUAUAAUCUGAGAAUACUGAAUGGUUUUGUGAAGUUCAGUAAUCUCAUACUGUUUCCUUAUCAUCAAGGUGUUAGAAGCAUGUGUGAAGAAUUGUGGGGCUCCUAUGCACAAAGAGGUGGCUACAAAAGAGAUCAUGGACUGCCUCAGAGAGCUGGCCAAAGUAAGAAUGAAACUAUGAUCCUCAAAGCUAUCACCAAUUUGGUAGCUAUUAGAAUGACUAACUAAUUCUUUGUGUAUACCAGCCAAGUUUGAUAGAAGACAUGUAUUUCAACAUCAGAUUUCACCAGUUCAAAAGGUAGUUGUAAAUGAGGUUACUAUUGCCUAUUUGGUAAAUUUAGUGACCCAGAGUAACUAAUUAUGCAAUGUAUUUGCAAAAAGUGUGAGAAAUAUGGAUUUUCAAGAGACAUGAUUUCAGCUGGAUUUUUUUUGUGUGUUUGUGUUUACUGGAUAGCAAAUUCAAAACUGAGGAGGGAAAGCUUCAUUUGAUGGAAAGUUUGUAUGGUUUCUAUUGUGGUUGGCUUUAAAGGUUAUGUCAUGGUGACAAGAGGAAAAACAUCUUUCUCUAAGUUAUGUCCUUUUUUUUUUUUUACUUCAGUCAAGCCCAGAUCCAGUCAAAGAACAAAUUCUUAGUAUGAUUCAGACAUGGUCAACUGCAUUUCGCAAAGAACCAAAAUACAAAGUUGUCCAGGAUACAUUUAAUCUUAUGAGAAUGGAAGGUGAGGUGCCCUGUGGUAUUUAUUCAAUUUCUUCCAAUCUUCCUUAGAUUGAACAUCACCAGUGCACUUUACCAGUAGAAUAGGUUGUACUUGAUGUUACGGUGAAUUCUGGCUAUUUCACACCUAAAAAAUUGGAAAUAUGGGGGUUAGUGUUGCAAAGUUGGUGAAAAGUUUCCUUCUUCCUCAUCUGAUGAACAUAAGGCUGUUAAACAUGCUACAUGUAAGCAGGAGUUUUUAUAUAGACACAACUGGGUGGACAUGUAUGUUUGCCUUAACUGUUGUUUUGUUUGUUUGUCCACCUCUCUGAACAGGUUAUAAGUUCCCUCCAAUAAGUGAUUCAAGUGAUGCCUUAUUCACAGCUGAAACAGUAAGUUUCAUGAUUAUAAGAGAUCAUAUCCUGAGUUAGAUACAUGCAAAGCAAACUAGUGAGUGGAAUUAAGUCAUAAUUAUUUUUAUGCAUCUUAGAGGUAAAAAAACCUUUGUGCUAAACUGCCUGGUGUGUAGUUUACUACUGAUGCAUGUGUAGGAAAAUAUCUUUGAUUGAAAUAUUUAAAACUUAUUAUUGAUUCCUUUACCAGGCUCCUGAAUGGGCAGAAGGUGAUGUCUGUCACAUGUGUAGGGUUAAGUUCUCCACAUUUCAAAGACAGGUAAACAGUAGCUAGACUCAAUUUGGCUUAUUCAUUGUGAAUUCAGAAAACCAUUAACACAUGGACUUAUGUCAAACACAUCAAUUGUGUAUUGACCAUACACAAACCUCAAGACCACAAACUAAGCACCAUUGAUGGGUGUUUGUGGUUAAGCUUUGUCACACCUUGUUGAUUUUUCUCUGGAAUCACAAAACAUUCCAUUGAUAUUUCAGGUGUUCAUGGUUUUCCCAGUUUCCCAGUAAUCUAGAGAUGAAGUGACAUCAUGAUAAUCAUUACUAACAAUUGACUCUGGGGUAUUGUUACACUGCGGUGAAACUUUCUGACAAACAACUGAGCGUCUUUUUCUUAGUCAGAAUGCAAAAAAGUUUUAGAAAGUUUAUAUAGGAACUAAGUGGCCAGUGCAGCCAGAGCCUAUCCUGGUUUCCAUGGCAUGUAGUGACUAGGAUUAUUAUUUCUCCCCUCUGGAUAGGAUGCCAGUCCAGCCAGGUUACUCCAGGUUACUCCCCAGCAUUUUAUUAGGCUUCCCCACUGAUAACUUGCCUGUAGCCAUUUAUACCCCAGCCCGGGUGGAGAGAAGCACUGGGAAAUAGCAUGUUUUACCCAUUAGAACACAACAUAAUGACCUGCUAGGUCUUGACCUUGAACCUCUUGACCUGAAGUGCAGGCUACUGUAGGAUAUCAUGAUAAUUAUUUUGUCUUUUUCAUCUUAGCACCACUGUAGGAAUUGUGGCCAAGUAUUCUGCCAGAAGUGUUCAUCUAAAAAUUCCAUCAUCCCACACUAUGGAAUAGAAAGAGAAGUAAGGGUGUGUGAUCCCUGCUUUUACAAGAUCAACCCAUCAGCAGGGUAUGAAAGUGCUUAUUACAUUACAUUGCAGAAUAAUUUCAUGAUUUAGGUAUUAUGUAUUCAAUACAGUGCUUGCACCAUAUAAAUUGCACUGAACCUUUUACAGAAUUCCCAAUUUUUCAACGUUGUUUUCAAGGUGUUAUUGAUACUAGUAGAUCUUACAUAUAGCACUUAUCCUAUAGUUGUGUCUCUGAUUUAUUGCUUCUGAUAAGUCAAAAUGAGUAUUGACACUAAUUUCAUAAUUUUUAUUUACAGUCAUGUACAUGAUUUUGUAAAUAAUCAUACUUCUUAUUUUUGUCUCUAGAAAAAGUGAAGAAGGCAGCUCCAAGAAGUCCGAUAAAGAAAAAAAAUCUGCAGAUUCUGACUUACCAGCGGAAUAUCUUAACAGUCCACUCAGUCGUGAGUCACAGGUAGGGAUUUGUCAAAAACAUUGUAUAUAGUAUACAAAAAUAGAAAUAGAAGAGUGAACAUUUUAAAAUGAGAAAGAGGAAGUUUAAUCCUGUCUCUUUUUAAUCCUUUGGCUGUACAUGCUCUUGUGCUGCUAGGUUCCUACAAAGAAGACUGAACAGGAAAUUAAGGAUGAAGAGGAAGAAGAGUUGCAGCUGGCUAUGGCAUUAUCACUGUCAGAAGAGGAAGCAACUAAAGAUGUGAGCAUAAACAGACACUAUUAUAAUGAAGUCAUGUGAACCCACUCAUUACUAUGUUCAAAAGAUUGAUUCUCAAAAGCAAUCAACCCAACUUUCCAUUUACCAGUUUGGAGAAUUUGGUAGUACAGGAAGGAAUCACUAUAAAGUAAUAACUAUAUUCCUCUCACCUGGGUGAUUGAGAAUGAAUCUAGGAAUUUGGGAGGAUUUAUGUUUUGAAAAUCUGUCUUUACAAGGUGAAGGAUUUGAUAAAGAGCAUGAAGGUUCCACAUAUCUCCAACCCUAAAAAGUAGCAAGAUCUUUUCUGGAUUGGUAGAGCUGCACUCAUAAAUUGAUCUUUUCUUCCAAAAUAAAAUUUUGUGAGUUUAUUAAAUAAAUAAUACUGUAAAAUCAAGAAGACACAAAAUUUAUUAAAGCAUGAAUCAUGGUAUUUGGAGUCUGUUACAAAUGUGAUAUCUAAAUUGUAGGUGAAAAAGCUUUUUUUUAGGACACUUAAUUAUGGCAGGUUAAAAUAAUUAGGGGGCAUAGGCUCACUUUUAUUGCCUUGCAAGAUCUUCAUGUGAACUCUUUGGCUUAAUUUUGCAUAAAACCAUUUUAAAAAUAGAUGCAUGGCAUCACUUUCAUGCCUAGAAUUACAUUUUCAUUUUCUGAGAAGUGUUGUAAAUACUAGACAUUAAUUUAGUUUGCUGAUUAUGCUGCAUGUGUGACUGGUGAAGAUAUCCUUGACAGCUGGUUUGAGUUACUGUGAUUUAUUUUGAGGUCUUCAUAGAGCUCUAUGUGUUUAUUUGCUGAAGUUAUACUCUUACUAGCUUUUUGUAUCUUUGUUUGUUUUCAGAUGCAAGCUCGUCCAAGCAUUAAAUCUUCUUCCUACAAUGUAGUCUCAGAGCAACCUUACCACUCACACAGGCAGUCCAGUGGCUUAUAUGCUUCUCCAGUAAGUGCUUUGUAUUUGCAAGUAAUACCUUUCAGUUAACAUACAUUGCCCCUCGUAAAAAGUACUGUCAGGAGUCUGGGUUUUCUCUUUCAUAGCAUUCAUAGCAAUUAAAGUACUGUUGUUUUAAAUUGUAGGAUGUGGAAACUGAUUCAUCCAGCAUGGAUCCAGAGGUAUGACACAGAUAUUUCUUUGUGCAUAAAAUCAGUUUUACCAACCCCCAUGAGAACUGCUAUGUACAUGUACAAAUUGCACAGCUGUCUUAAAACAGUAAAAGUAUAAAAAAUUACAUCUUACAGAAAAGACGUUGAUUUUAGGUGUUGAUAUAUACAUUCUGUAUUGUAAACAAAAUCAAAAGAAAUCUCUUUGAUCUUCCUAUCAAUUAAGUUGGGUAUUUGUAGUUUGUUUUAAUACAACUUUUAUUACAGUAAUUGAAUUUGAAAGUUUGCCCAAUGUACAGCUAUGCUCUCUAUCUUACAUGUAACUAAUCAGUCUCAGGACAGGAGUUUGUAAGAGUAGGCACCAUCCAACCACAUAGGAAACUUGACUUAACACUAAGUAAUAACCUCCAAUUUAUGUACCACAGAAACUCAGAAUAAGGUUGUUUGAAACAUGAAUACACAUGUAUAAGCUAAUCCAUUUUGGUGUCGUUUUAUUGCACUGUAUUCUUCAAUAUUUUACUGCUUUCACUUCUGCCAAACAGAGGAGUUCUAAAGAAUAAACCCUAAGACAUACUUAUGCCUUUAAAGAAGAAAAACAAAAGGCCAAGAUGGAAUUUAAAUUCUAAUGUACAUGUUAGCACUAAUUGUAGUUAGAACAAUUAGACCCAUGGUUUUACUACAUGUGUGGGCAACUUUGGUUGUGUACAGAUAUUGAAUUCCUAACUCACUUGUGUGAAUUGUAGCUUGCAAGAUAUCUGAAUCGCUCAUACUGGGAAGAGAGGAGUGAAAGGCAAACAUCAAGAGAGAGAACAAGUCCUCCGGCCAGUGCACCAGCACCAAUGCAGGCUAACAAUCAUGUAGAGGUAAACAUCUUUUGCUGAUUGUCUACUGUUAACCCCUUGACUUUUAAGAGUGAUCAACAUCUAAUUUCUCCUUACAAUAUCACCCCUGAAUCAAACAUUAAGAUCACAAGAAUAAAGGAAAUGAUCACCAACUAAAGAAGCUCUUGAUUGUUAAACCAGUUCUCCCUGUCUGCACCUUAGGAAAUGUGUAGCGAACAGUAUGGAGUACUCAUAAAUUUUGUAUUGAUCGAUGUUACAGUAUAAAGUGUUAAACAGAUCAAUGGAUUAUGCUACAGACAAAUCCAGUCAUUUUGCACCAGUCCUGUAAUUUUCUACUGGCUUUCCGGAGGAAAUUUAUGAAAGGCAUCACCUUGUUUUGUUAGGUCUGCUAGUAUUUGUAUUGAGUUUAUGAACUGUACAGGUGUCACCAGUAAUAACUGUUUUAAUUUUAAAUGAGAUUUAUUGCUAAAUAAGACCAGCAUUUUAUCACUUACUUUUAUUGAAACUAUUGGGAGCUAGAGUCUUAACAAUUCAGUGGCAAAAAGAACCCACCAUUUUAAGGUAGAGUUCUUUUAUCCAGGUUGUGAUACACAUAUAACACAUUUGUUACCAUUACAUUGAAAGUCAUUUAGGAAAAAAAUGGUCUUUUUAGCUAUAAAAACGUUGACUCGCAAAAAAGUAAAAUGGAGAAUUUCUAAAAUUAUUGAAACUUUUAAUUUAAUCGUAAUGAAAAAAUGUUUACACAACGGGUGUCGUCAUUCAUCUUACUUUCUCAAAGCAAACUGCAAAACAUAUUGUUUUGUAAGUUUUAAGUAUCAGGUAUUCUACUUGGCAGAUAAAAGCACGUUGUGACAGAUUAAAAGAAAGAAAUUGUUUUCACAGCAGAGUGUUUGUUUAAAUUUAGAGGAUUUAUGUCACAUCUUGAGUUUUUACAUAAUCAAGUUUGAAUGAGACAAAUGUUCAGCGAAUUCUACUCCAAGUGUGCUUCGGUAAUGAAAAGAAAAAAGUGCGGAGAACAUAGUUACUAGGGUUAGGGUAUAAAAGUUGAAAAUUCGUUUUGCGAGUUUACUACCCCGUAUUUAUUUUGAUCAUCAUGUAUCCUUAUUUUAAUCACGCCACUUAUGUCAAUAAUUUUAAACACUAAUUUCACAGGGAUGUACACUAAAUUAACAUAACCCUGCAUUUUAUCCCCAUCUCAAGACUCUAAAAGAACUGUUUUUAACCUAACCUUAAAGGCUAAGAAAAGACUGUGUAUUUCGUUUUAGAUGAGAGUUGGUGGAUUAAAAGGAAAAAAGAAAAAGAAAGGAAGGAAAUCUCAGAGAGACAACAAUGAACCCAUGGCUAAUAACAACUCUCUUGCUGUAAAUUUUAUUGAUUAUUUUAUUAAUUCUAACACCAUAGACUCAUUAACAAGACGAUAAAAUGCUUCCUACUUUUGAUUGGCGUUUUUAAUUUUAUUUCAGGGUAAAAACUGAUUUAAGUUUUAAAUUAAUGCUCUAAUUGAACACGUUUUAAUUUUUUUUUUCCGAGCAGUAUAUUUAUUUUGUAAUCUUUCGUUUCUCAAUAUCCUGCAAAAAUAUGGAAGAUAAGUUUUUUAUACUUAUGACGCGAACCCGGAAGGGAGACCCUUGUCAGUCACCCACAUAAACCGUCUGUUGAUGACAUGCUCUAACAAACUUAAUUUAUAUUUACCCAUCGGCUAAAGAUCCUUCCUGUCUUAUAGAAUGCCAAAUAACAGUACUUUUUGUUGAAUUUGAGAACAAAUUUACCGUAGACAUGCAUACACAGCCAGCAGGCGGUCUUGAAGCUGCGACAGUAGCGGCCAAACCCGCGGGUUUCGAGCGGGCCAGCGAUGUUAGCGCACUAGAGGUCUGCAAGAGAUCUGCGAGGGUCCAGACCCCUGAUAUACCUCUCGCUGGCUCCAAUCUCGUCGCUCGUGCAGUAGCGCUAAGACGUACAGGCUGUAGAUAUUUUUAUGAAGCCGGACCUACAUCUGUCGGAUCAAUUUUUGAGCUUGCUUUGAGACCUUGUAUUAAGAUCUUGUUAAAUCAAGUUAUUUGAAAAUAUGGUAUCGAGAUGUAAGGGUGCCUGAGACAAUCUUUUCUUUUUUUUUUUUUUUUUUUUUAGUAAUAUUCAGGAGUGAGAAAAAGUCCUCAAGGCUUUUCCCCUAAUUUAGCUUGAUUUGUAUUUUUCCACUCAUGUGUAUCAGGUUGAAGGCGUAAAUUCGGACGUGUCUGAAGUGACGGAUGCUAUGGUGAAAACAUUUCAAAGCAACGUGGAAAUGCUGUUAGACAGAAUGCAGAGAAUUUCUGGUCAAGGGAAGCAUAUCGCUAUGGAUGCUACAGCACAGGUCUUGUUGUCUACUCCUCAUGUUGAGAAUUGAGCCAGAGUUCAUCCUGAUGUCAUCAGCAAGAAGUAGCUAGGCGGGGUGCCGGUCCAUGCAGGGCCUUCCUCCCUUCCCCCCUCUUCCCCUCUCUCUCUCUCUCUCUCUCUCUCUCUCUCUCUCUCUCUCUCUCUCUCUCUCUCUCUCAGCAUUACGUUAGUUCGUCACUUACAGUUUACCAGUUCCGAUCCACACUCCUGGACAACCUCACUGGGUUAAAAACUUGUCAACCUGAAAGUCAAGUAGGAGUGUUUCAAAAGUUCUUACAAACGCUUGUGCUUGUUGAAAAAGUUAUUGCGUUUUGGACUUUUGAAAUAAAAAAGAUGCCUAUUUAUUUGUGGUGAUGGGUGCUGGUGAUGUCAGUUUCUAGUAUCGUCUAGUAUUAGUUGUACUUUGUCGGACUAUUGCCUCAACAAAGGGGUAUUUUCUUUUGUUUUUAUUAGUCAUUAUUCCAAACUGUCAGCGCAAUGCAUCCCCAAAUUUUGAGACUCAUAGAAGAGCAAGAAGAGAAAAAAGGUAAGUAAUUGGUUUUUUUGUUGCCUGAGCCCUCUUAACUGGUUGUUUUCUUGGUUCAGGGUCAACAGAUAUAAAGAAAUACCGCCAGUUAAGUUGACUAUUGGUGUCUGUCCAUGUUUGGCAGUUUCUAUCGACUAGAUUUUGUCCCUUACUUUUUUCUCCAUGUAAUUCGUUUCAUUCCUUUUGCUUUCAGCUAAAUACGAGGCACUUCAAGUGAAACUUGGUCUUGUGCAUGAAGCACGUGCAUCCUUAGAUGAGAUGCGAGAGCAACACCGUGAGAAAGUUCGUCAGCAGGAACUCGAACAAGAUAUGCUUCGACGGAUGCAAAUUGAACAAAAGCUGGAGCUGAUGCGGCAGCAGAAGGCUGAGUACUUGGCUUACCAACAACGUUUACAGGCCGAGAGACAAGCAGUCAUUGAACAACAACAACAGCAACAACAGAGAUUACAAUAUCAAAGACAGAUGCAGCCAUCGCAGCAGCAGCAGCAAAGCCCAUAUGCCGGAGUGCAGUAUCCAUCCACAGGGGAAUCCAGUCCGUAUUCUUCCAUGAAUUACGCUCCAAUGACUGCAGCUGGUACACAACCUUACAAUCCUCAGAAUCCACUCGCGGGCUACACCCCUGCUGUCCCUCCUGGAUAUCAGGCCCCUGAUGCCCCACCACCGUCUCAGUAUUCUGCUCGACCAACAGGAGAGGGUUAUGUACCCACCACACGGGCGGACUAUAUUUCAUACAGGAACGAAGUGCCAGCCCCUCAAACAGAGUUCCAACCCCAGCCAAGUUCGCUAGAGUAUCAGCCACCAUCAUAUGCAUCUCAAGUUCCACCAGAGUCUGGUCCAUCAUCUCUUCAGCCUUAUAGUCUUGGGGGACCCCUCCCCGUUCCAACUGCCCCUGCGCAAGUACUUCCCCAAGCACCUCCUCCUCAGUAUGCUCAGGUUAGCUCCCAGCAGCCUGGCCCUCCACCUCUAUAUGGACAGUCAGUUGGUCAGCAGCCGCCAACACAAUCUGCGCUACAGAAUCAGCUCCCAGCUACAACACUUCCAGGCCCCACAGGGAAACAACCCCAGUAUAACCAGAUGCCGCCACCACAGACCCAAUCCCAAUACCCACAACAUCCAAAUUUUUCCAACCCAACGGAGGCGCCACUGGCACCAGAGACUGCCCCACCCCAGUACCCUCAACCCCCAAACCAGGCUCCACAGACUAAAACACAGUCAUACCAUGUUCCUCAGGGGAAUGGCUUUCCUCCGGCAAUGGACGCCUCCAGAGGAUCAUCUCAGAUGCAGUUCAAUUCUUUACCAACUCAACCACAACUCAACAUGGUUCCACCCAGUGGUCCUCCUUCGUUUCAACAAGGACCUCCUUCGUUGCAACAAGGAGCCCCGGUGCAGCAAGUUCACCCGAUGCAGCAAGGUCACCCAAUGCAGCAAGGCCAUCCCAUGCAACAGGGCCAUCCCAUGCAACAGGGCCAUCCCAUGCAACAGGGCCCUCCCCUUCAACAGGGCCCUCCAGGGCAGCAGGCUUAUGAACCACAACAACAGCCCCAACAAUUUGCACCUCAGCAAGGGUACCAACCGGGUCCUGGUCAACCACCGCCACAGCAAUUUGGAUCAGCACCGCCACCCCAAGGCCCACCUCCCCAGAGGCAGUUGACGGAUCUAGAGUUAAUAUCUUUUGAUUAAAGGAAACCGUGGAUUUUACAUGUAUAAAUAAAAUUUCGAAUUUCUUUUCUUGUGUUAACGUUUGUUCAAUAACGUAACCGGUAAAUGGUCAGGAGAUUGUAAUUUUUAACCGAUAUAAUUUCUGUCGGGUGGAAAUGUAAAAAGUGACAAAUGAAGCGACAGUAUGGAUGGUUUUGUAUAUUUGUGUUUGUUUUUGCAUAUGUUUGUGAAUAUCUUUUAAUUAACCACAGUUUACAACUGGAGAAAUAUUUGUUGCGGGCUUGAUAGGUCUUAUUAAGUAUUAUUCAGAAGUAGUUUGCCAGGUUCUACUCGAAAAUCAAGAUGGCCUGUGACAGCACCUCGCCAUAAUAGUGAAUUGAACUGUUGAUAAUAUAUUCUAUUGUCACAAGUUAUUAACUUUGUUUUUUUUCUUUUUCAUAAUUUGUAUUUUAAAGUGGAAUAAAUCGUAAAUAUAACAAAAUAAAACGAAAUCAGAAUACCUC